CUAGCCCAGCCCCCCUAUGCCAAACCAGCCUGGCUCGAGCUCAACAGUGGCAGGGAAGCGCCGCGCGCCCGUGUCUGGUGAGAAGCUUAUACCCUCACUGUGGAGCGUUUCGCCCCCUAAGAACUCCACACGUUCACUUUUAUCCUGCUGUGGUAUUUUUAUUUUUUACACGGAAGUCCGCGGUGUUUUCCCCACACAUCCUCUGCGGUACUUGUGGAAGCUAACGGCGGAUACUGGCUAGGCACAAUAGACGCUAGCCGAUGGAGGCUAGCCGUAACUAGCUCGUUAACAACACACACCGGCGAGGAGCGACUAAGUAUCCCCAUGGACACCGCGAUGAACGUCUCCUGAUCAUUCCGCUCCACACGGUCACCACCCCCGCCUCUCCGGUGGUGGUGCCUCUCUCGACGCCGCCUGACAAGCGUUUUAUUUUCAGUGCUGAGACACCAGGAUGGUGGCGGUGGUAGCUAACUUCGUGGGAAACAGUCCGACUCAAGUGAGACCAGAUUUGUCUUUUUAUAUUCUGUUCAUAUAAAAACCCCAGAGGGACAACGACAAUAUUUCUCCUGACAUUGGCCGGGGGAUUAUUUUUUAAUUGGAUUUCGGCCUGCUGGUUUGAGAACGAAGCAACCCCUGCUAACCAUCCUCCAUUCAGCCGCCUAAGCACGCAUCGCCCUCCGAUGCGGAGCCUCCAGUGACAUCCACCCGGGGGACCCCCCUCCCUUCCUCCCUCCCCGACAUGCUCAAGUGUAUCCCGCUGUGGCGAUGCAACCGCCACGUCGAGUCGGUGGACAAGCAGCACUGCAACCUGCAGGCGGUCCCCGACGAGGUGUUCCGAUACAGCCGUAGCUUGGAAGAGCUCCUGCUGGAUGCCAACCAACUCAAGGAACUCCCCAAGCCUUUCUUCCGACUACUGAACCUCCGGAAACUGGGCCUGAGCGACAAUGAGAUCCAGAGACUGCCCCCUGAAGUGGCCAACUUCAUGCAGUUGGUGGAGCUGGACAUAUCCAGAAAUGACAUUCCCGAGAUCCCCGAGAGCAUUAAGUUUUGCCGGGCCUUGGAGAUCGCCGACUUCAGCGGAAACCCCCUCUCCAGAUUGCCCGACGGUUUCACUCAACUGCGAGCGCUGGCUCACUUGGCGCUCAACGAGGUGUCGUUGCAGACUCUACCCGGCGACAUCGGAAAUCUGGCCAACUUGGUGACGCUGGAGCUCCGGGAGAACCUGCUCAAGUGUCUGCCCACGUCUUUGUCCUUCCUGGUGAAACUGGAACAGCUGGACCUGGGCAGCAACGAACUGGAAGUGUUGCCGGACACACUCGGCGCACUGCCCAACCUGAGGGAGCUUUGGCUGGACCGCAACCAGUUGUCCUCGUUACCGCCGGAGCUAGGGAAUCUCCGGAAACUGGUGUGUCUGGAUGUGUCAGAGAAUCGCCUAGAGGAGCUUCCCUCCGAGCUUGACGGCCUCCUGGCCCUCACAGACCUCCUGCUCACGCAGAACCUGCUGGAGGUGGUUCCGGACACCAUAGGUUGUCUGAAGCAGCUGUCCAUCCUCAAGGUGGACCAGAACAGACUGACCCACCUGACCGACUCCAUCGGAGAGUGUGAAAACCUGACCGAGCUGGUCCUGACUGAGAACCUCCUCCAGACGCUUCCUCGCUCGCUGGGCAAGCUGAAGAAGCUGACCAAUUUGAAUGUGGACCGCAACCGCCUGGGCGCCGUGCCCAAGGAACUAGGUGGCUGCGCCAGCCUCAACGUGCUGUCGCUGCGGGACAACCGCGUGGCCAAGCUGCCCGCCGAGCUUGCCGACGCCACCGAGCUGCACGUGUUGGACGUGGCCGGGAACAGAUUACAAAACCUGCCUUUUGCCUUGACGAACCUCAAUCUGAAGGCCAUGUGGCUGGCGGAGAACCAGUCGCAGCCGAUGCUCAAGUUCCAAACUGAGGAUGACGAGUGCACGGGCGAGAAAGUGUUGACCUGCUACCUGUUGCCUCAGCAGCCUUCCCCAAGCCUUGAGAACCUGCUGCAGAACAGCGUGGACGACUGCUGGACGGACAGCAACCUGAACAGAGUGUCGGUCAUUCAAUUCCAGGAAGAGACCAAGGACGAGGAGGAGGACGACGAGGCCGCCGCCGAGCGCAGGGGCCUUCAACGUCGAGCCACACCUCAUCCCAGUGAGCUCAAGGUGAUGAAAAAAGUGAUCGAGGACCGACGGAACGAAGUGUUCGCAUCCAGGCCCGAGGGAGAAGAUCAUUCCUCAGAUGUGCCGGAGAAACGGCUCAGCGACCUUUCAUAUCAGAGUCACGACUCGCAGGUAUCCGACAGCACGCUGUCGGCCGCCUCCCACGAGGAAAGGCGAGAAGUUGCCGUCCCCUCCCAGAGGGAGGACCUCGUGGACGGCCACUACCAUCACGAGGAGGACGACCUGGAUGAGAUGGAGGUGGAGUACAUUGAGCCCACCGUGCACUUUGCCGAGGAGCCCAUCAUCCGCCGCGGGGACGAUGACGACGCGGAGGAAGACGGCGAGAGGAGUGACGGGGCCGAGGACGAGGACGACAGGCCCCCCUUCCCGGCUGAGAGGCAGCGGCUCAUCAGGAAGGACACGCCACACUACAAGAAGCACUUCAAGAUCACCAAACUGCCCAAACCCGAGACGGUGGCGGCCCUGCUGCAGGGUUUCAACCCCGAUGUCCUCGGCUCACCCACCGAGGACAAGCUGGACGGGCGUGAGGAGGAGGAGGAGGACGACGAGGACGUUGGCACCCCUCUGUUGUGUCACAGGAUGGAGAUGUCGGAGCUGGAAGACAGCCGAUACCACGUCAACUCCAGUCAAGUAAAGGGGGUGUCAUUUGAUCAAGUCAAUAAUCUGCUGAUUGAACCUGCUCGAAUUGAGGAGGAAGAGCACACUUUAACCAUCCUGCGGCAAACGGGCGGCCUCGGCAUCAGCAUUGCUGGCGGGAAAGGGUCCACGCCGUACAAGGGGGACGACGAGGGGAUUUUCAUCUCCAGAGUUUCUGAAGAAGGUCCGGCUGCCAGAGCAGGAGUGAAAGUGGGAGACAAACUGCUUGAGGUGAACGGCGUGGACCUCCACGAGGCGGAACACCACGCGGCCGUGGAGGCCCUACGGGGCUCCGGGGCCGCAGUCUCCAUGACGGUGCUUCGCGAGCGCAUGGUGGAGCCGGAGAACGCCAUCACGACCACGCCGCUCAGGCCCGAGGACGACUACUUCCCACGGGAGAGGCGCAGUAGCAGCAGCGGGCUGGUCUUCGAGGGCGGCCACGGACAGGGGGCCGGGUUAGGACCCCUGCAGCGCCUCUCCACCUGCCUGGUGCGCAACGACAGGGGGCUGGGCUUCAGCAUCGCUGGAGGGAAGGGUUCCACCCCGUAUCGUACCGGGGACACGGGGAUCUACAUCUCUCGCAUUGCAGAGGGGGGAGCAGCCCACCGAGACAGCACGCUACGGAUUGGCGACAGGGUCAUCUCUAUCAAUGGUGUAGACAUGACAGAGGCCAGACAUGACCAGGCAGUAGCGCUCCUUACCGGCACCUCCCCCACCAUCGCCCUCCUGGUGGAGCGAGACCCCAAUGCCCCGCGCUCGCCGGGCCAGUCCCGGCAGCGGGCCCACUCCCCGCCGCCCCCGGAGCCCUCUGACUCUCCGGACCAAGACGACGAGGGCCUGCAGGGGAACCACCUGGGUCGGAUGGAGGAUGAGUACCCCAUUGAGGAAGUGACGCUGGUCAAGUCAGGCGGUCCCCUCGGCCUGAGCAUCGUCGGGGGCAGCGACCACGCCAGCCACCCGUUCGGCAUCAACGAACCCGGGGUGUUCAUCUCAAAGGUGAUUCCUCACGGUUUGGCGUGCGAAAGCGGGCUGCGCGUGGGCGACCGCAUCCUGGAGGUGAACGCCAUCGACCUGCGCCACGCGACGCACCAGGAGGCCGUGCGGGCGCUGCUGGCCAACAAGCAGGAGAUUCGGAUGCUGGUGCGCAGAGAUCCCUCACCGCCUGGGAUGCAGGAAAUUGUGAUCCAUAAGCAGCCAGGGGAGAAGUUGGGGAUUAGUAUACGUGGAGGAGCUAAAGGCCACGCAGGAAAUCCCUUUGACUCAACUGAUGAGGGCAUCUUCAUAUCCAAGGUGAGCUCAAGUGGCGCUGCCGCCCGCGACAGCCGGCUGCAGGUGGGCAUGCGCAUCCUGGAGGUGAACAACCACAGCCUGCUGGGCAUGACGCACACGGAGGCCGUGCGAGUCUUGCGGGCCGUGGGCGAUUCCCUGGUCAUGCUGGUGUGCGACGGCUUCGACCCUCGCAAAGUGCCCGCGGCGGAGGCGAAUCCUCACCAGGAGUCCAAUGCGUCUCCCGGCAUCAUCGCCAACCCUUUUGCGUCAGGCAUCGUCCGGAAGAAUAGUAUGGAGAGCAUCUCUUCGAUCGACCGAGACCUGAGCCCCGAGGAGAUGGACAUCAUACAAAAGGAAUCCGAGAUGGUGAGGGAGACGUCGCAGUGGGAGAAGGAAGAGAUGGAAAAAGUGGAGCGUAUGCGCUUGGAGCGAGAAGAGGCAACUCGCCUGCUUGAAGAGGAGAGCGAGAGCAUCGGCGCCGGACCUUUAAAACUGGACUACAAAACCCUGGCGGCGCUGCCCACCACCAGCCUGCAGAAGAUCAACAGGUUCUCUCCUUCUCUAAGUCCACCCACCCCCAUGGAGGUCCCUCUGCAAGCCCAGUACGGCGCCCCGUUAGAGCCUCUGAGCUUGACCUUAAGCCCCCCCGCAAAGCCUGACGCGGACGCGGCUUCCUGCCCGAGUUUGUUCCCCUCCAAGGAAGACAGCCUCGGCUCGACGGCAACUCUGAAUUUAUCUGAGGAAAGUGAAGAGUCUCUGGUGGACUCGCAGCCCAUCUGCUUCAAGGAGAACCCCUUUUUAGUGGCCAACCGCAAAGGUAAGGGUCUGCCGCCCGGCCAGCAGAUCCUUUCUGGACCACCGGUGGGCUACGGGAAGCAGGGCCAACUUCAGCCUUGGCUCUUCAGCAAGACUCCUUCAUCAGAUUACGCCAGGACCGAAAGUCCAAUCAGAGAAGCCUCCUAUUCGCCGACCAUCCAGCCGACCAGCCACCACUCUUCCAACAGCUCCUUGUGCUCUGGCAGGGAGACCCGCUUCGCAAGCAUUCAUUUCACCUCCACCCCCAACACCAAGGACCACACGUCAUCCUCUACACGACCGGGCGCCAUCCUGCCCGUUGGGCGCGUGCGAGCGAGCACCUCCCCGGCCACUCCGGACGGCCUCUGUCCCAGCCCCUUCCAGCAUGGCCCCUCUCCCUUCAACUCUCAGACCUCUCCUCGCGCCCCCUCCCCCACCUCGCACUACGAGUUGCCCAUGAAUGCCAAGCAGGCGUACAAGGCGUUUGCCGCCGUGCCUCGCUCGCUGGCGGCGCUGGAGCCGGAGCAGGACUUGUACGGUGUGAGGAACAAUUUCCAUUCCAAGCAGUCUUCUCCAAAUCCUGAGUCGAACAACGAUGUGUUUUACGACGGCACGGACUCUCAGGAGGGGGGCGGCGGGGUCUCGCCCCGCCCCACCCUCUUGUCUGACCAUUGGGAGUAUACCAAUAUGGCCGCCGUGCCUCGCAUCUCCAGGCCGUCCCUGGACACGCAGAAUCCGUCGCCCGGUGGCAAGGACAGCCCUGAGCAGCGUUCCUUCCGGGACCGGCAGAAGUACUUUGAGAUCGACGUGAAGCAGCAGACGCCCGACAAGCCCAAACCUCGCGUGUCGCUGGUCGGCGAAGACGACCUUAAGAAGAUGAGGGAGGAAGAAGAGCGCAAGUUUGAGCAGCGGGCACGUGAGUACCUGCUGGACGAAGAGGACGAGGACGACGAGGAGGACUUGGCCAAGCAUGUGGCCCAGAUGAAGGUGACUGGCAAGGUGCUGCUGGACGGAGUGGAGUACGACGUGGAGCCCGUGUCCACGCCGUCGCAGCCGUGCGCCGUGCCGCCGAACUACUGCGGGGGCUCACGGCCUUCGCCAGUGGACGGUAAAGCAGACAUGGCGAGGAAUUCGUUGGAUGACAGCUUCACACUGGAGCAGCGGCCCAAUUCCAUGACCGGUUUGCCCCCCGUUUAUGCCGGCGACUCGACGGCUCCCAUUCGCACAGCCAAGGCCGAGCGCCGGCACCAGGAGAGGCUCCGAAUGCAGAGUCCGGAGCUGGCCGUGGCCCUGGACAAGGAUCUCUCCCCCGCCGAGAAGCGAGCCCUGGAGGCUGAGAAGAGAGCCAUGUGGAGAGCGGCACGGCCUUUAGGCUUGGAGGACGAUGUUAGGCAGUAUGAGCAGGACCUGGCUAAGAGGCUCUACCAAGCUCGAGUGAGGGCCUCUCACGGCACGGCAGCCGCCGUCUCCAAUGCUUCCUCCUCUGCUGCCUCCCAGCUCAGGAUGAAGUCUCUGGAGCAGGAUGCCCUCAAGGCUCAGAUGGUUAUCGCCAAGUCGCGGGAUGGGAGGAAACGAAGCACCCUGGACCAGUUGGCUGAGUCGCCUUCGCCGGCGCCCACGCCCUCCCCCACCCCGAUGGAAGAGCUCAUCAGUCCUCGAGGACUAACCUCCCCUGGCAGACUGUCCCUGUCGUCAAAGAGGUUUGACUACCGCCAGUUUGCCGCCAUUCCCUCUUCCAAACCGGUAUACGACAUUCAGUCUCCUGACGCCGUGGACGACUUGCAGUUCAUCGACGACGGCUCGCUACAUCCGGGUCCCGCCACCGGCACGGAGGUCGAGAUGCUGGUGCCCGCCACCUCAGCCCUAGAGGAGAUGGCGUUGUAUAGCAACAAGCGCAAGCUGCGACAAGGGCGCCGCAGUUUGGAGACGGCCAUGCCCACGUAACACUUCACGUCAUAAAACACUGCACAAGAAGAUGAAUCCAUUUCCAAGAGACCAGGAUAGUGGUCCCUCAUAUCCAGCUUUGCCUUCAGUCGCCAUGGAGACCACAUUUCCUCCACACUUCCUCCUGCCCGGCUAACGUUCUUUUUUUUUUUGCGUUUUUAGCUUCUAUUUUUUAUUAUUUUUUUAUUUUUAUUAACAUCCCAAAGACAAACAAAAAAAAGAAGUCCUAGCUGUAACAUGUGGAAAAAUAUUUUGACUAGAUUGUAAAAUGUUUUUGGAGUGUAAAUAGUAGAUGACAUCCUGCUACCUUCACACACACAUACACAGACUGACAAAAAAAAAAGAAAAAAAAGCAUAUCAUGCAUCAUUGCUGCACUGCCACACAAAUUUUUAAACAAGUAAUUUAUUGUUUUUAAUCAUUUCACGCCCAAUUGAGGUUAUUUGAUGUAUGCGGCAAUAUCAUGCAUAUCUACACUGCUCGCAAAUCUGUGGGGAUAUUGAGCUUUUGGGUAAAAUCUGAAUAUCAACCUAAAACGCACUUUAACAGUGGCUCUACAAUUUUUUUCACACCAAGUGCCACCAAAAAAAAAAAUCUCCAAGUACCACAAUCUUGACUGACAAAGUACAGUCGUGUAGUAGACAAAUGUUUAAAAAAAAAAAAAAAAACACACCCAGACGUUAUAUGCCUCAAAAGUCAUUGCCAUCUGGCGGAAUCCUUGCAUCUCCAAUUCCACAAAAUUUCUGAAAAUUUUAAAGAUUUUUUUUUUCUUUUAAAUGAACAUUUUGCAUUAUUCUGCAUGUUUGAAAAUGAACAUUGUUCUUAAGCAUACAGGAGCAGAAAAACUUCUUCAAUAAUGACAUGAUUAGCAUAGAAUGUUUUAAUGACAUUUUACUCGAAUUUUAAAAAAUGUUAUCUGCAAGUGGCCACCGUGACUGAGAGAAUCAUAGAAAGUAAAGACGUGCGUUGAAAUUUUCACAGAUCAUAUACCCGUUGUGAAUUUUUGCCAUUUAGUGUGCUCAAUGUCCGAUAUCCCGAUUUUCUUUCUGUGGUCAUAUGGGAGACACGAAACAUUAGUCAUUCUUUUUAAAGAAAUGGUACUUGUCCUCCUCAGAGUGUUAUUCUUUUUAAUAUUAUCAUCAUUGAAGUUAUGUUCUGGUGUGAUGUGAAGGUAGCGGAUGCUUUAUUUUUCUGCCCGACAGGCCUAAUUUAAUAAUCUUGACGAUAUUGAGAGAUCAUUUUUCUUAUCGUGGUGUGAAUAAUGUACAAAUGUUAACGGAGGCGAGCUUGUGAAAACUGAGCCAAUGUGUUGACCAAUCGAGCAUCUGGGUUUGGACAUUCACAUUUAUUUUGUUCAUUUUGUUGGGAGGGGGUUCAAUAAUCAAAACAACAUCAAAUAAAGCUUCUCCGUCUGUAUCGGACAUUCUGCAUAAUCACAGUAUAGUUUUUUUUUUAGGUGUUAUAAUUCUAGUGGUUCAAGUCAUGUUCAAGUUUGCUAAUAGCUCUUUUUGCAGUUUACCAUAGUUUUUAUUUUUUGUCAUUUUUUUUAACAGCAUAAUUUCUAACGUAAUUCAUUUACUUGCUAACAAGUGUGCUAGAUUGUCCCAUUUGACUUUAGUUGGACCGAACACUAUCCAGUAGUGCUGACCUACAACGGCAAAUUUAUUUAAUUCAAUGUCAAAUGUUGUAGAGUUACUACAUAUAUGUUUUGUACAUCAAUUACAUUUGUCUAACUGGGAGAAAGAACAAGAGUCGCUUCUCUGUCCAGACCCAGCUGACAGGUUCCUUUGCACGGGGCUAAAAGAUGAAAUAAAAAAAGCAAACACGCUCUCUGCUAUUCCUCUCUGUAAAGACACACAAAUCAAUGGUUUAAUUUUUAUAAAUAAACAUUUUAAAAUCAUGAA